AUGUUCAAGAUCCUGCUUAUCUGCGCCCUUGCCGCCCUGGUGGCCGCCAACGCCAACGUGGAGGUUAAGGAGCUGGUCAACGAUGUCCAGGCCGAUGGUUUCGUUAGCAAGUUGGUCCUCGACGACGGAUCUGCCUCCUCUGCCUCCGGAGAUGUCCACGGUAACAUCGAUGGCGUCUUCGAGUGGAUCUCCCCUGAGGGUGUCCAUGUGCGAGUGAGCUACAAGGCCGACGAGAACGGAUACCAGCCCCAGAGUGACCUGUUGCCCACUCCUCCUCCGAUCCCAGCAGCCAUCCUGAAGGCUAUCGCCUACAUCCAGGCUAACCCCAGCAAGAACUAG